AUGCUGCCGACGCUCGAGCUCGUCUACUGGCCCAUCAGAGGGCGAGCGUACCCGGUCCUCCUCCUCCUCAAGGCUGCGCGUGUGCCGUUCACCUACACCGAGAUCCCCUACGAUGACGAGGCCCACUUCGCCGCCAAGGCGCGUGGCGACAUCGACCCGGACGAGUGGCCGUUCAGCGCGCUUCCUGUUCUCAAGGUCAAGGGCGACGAGGGCGAGGCGGUUCUUGCCGAGACGGGCGCCAUCCUGCGGUACCUCGAACGGGUCGUCGAGGAGGAGCUCGCGGUAGACCACGUCAAGCAGCUGAACGCGCUCGACCAAGCCCGGGUCGACAUGCUCGCCUCGGCCGCCGACUUCAACUCGAGCGCGCUGUACCAUUUCGCAGCGUCGCCAACCUGGCUCGAGGGCGACGAGCGCGCCGACCUUGAGCGCGAGCGCAUCCUGCCCUUCCUGCGCAGCCUCGAGCACCAGCUCGCGCAGGCCGACCCCGUGCGCGACGCGGCGCUCCGACCUCGCGAGCUCAAGGGCGGCGGCGUCCUGUUCGGCGCGGCGGCGUGCAGCAUCGCCUACACGCUCAGCAUGGUGUGCGACCUGUUCCCGUUGUCGCUCGCGCACCCGCUCGCGGCUGCGAGCGCAGACGUGCGCGGCACGCUCGCCGAGCGGUUCCCGGCGUGCGCGGCCGUGCUGCGCGACGUCGAGGGAUCGCCCGGGUUCGCCGAGUGGGUCGCGAGCGGCGAGAGGAAGGCGCGGUGGAGCAACCGGCGGGCGUUCACGCCGGACAAGACGCGAGCGGCGGCGGAGCGGUGGGACGGCCGUCGCGGCGAGGGUGAGAAGGAGGAGCGAGCGCGAUGAACGAGGGGGCAGGCGGGCUUGAGUGCAACGACGAGCUCGUUGUCGCAGUUC